UCCGUCGUGUAAACAAAGUAAGAUAAAUUUAACCAUAUAAACUUGUGGCAUUCAUAAAAAAAAUAUUGUGUUGGAAGAACAACAUACAAAUCCGCAGUUUAUCCUAAGCUUGUCGUCGACAUCAUAGUUUCAAACCAACUUGAAUUUAUAUAAAAUGGAUGAGAAUAGUGUGAAAAAAGAAGAAUGUCCAACAUUCGAAGAAAAAGCAAAUAAUCUGGAAAACAUUGUAAAACAACAGCACCUCCUUGCACAUUAUACCGUAGAGUCUUUAUUAACACUGGAUGAAUUGUUCGAAGUACUCGAGAAGAAUUUCGUGGAAUAUCACAACAAAGAUAAGCUGAAAGAAUUGUUGCCUUUUAUACAUUUGAAUCUUCGCUUGUUCGUGCGACGAGAUUACAAUAAGUAUGAUAUUGGAAUGGCCCUUUACGAAUUCUAUGAACGGCACAACGACGUUGAGGAUGAUAUUGCUAUAACAGUUCAGAUUAUACAUCAAUUUUUGUUUUCUCUCAAUAUUUAUGACGAUACAAAGGGCAUCACGGUAGCAAGAAAGGUCUUUGCACAACUAGCAAAGUGUUUGACAAAUAUCAAUGAAAGAAAACUGAUAGUCAACAUCAUAGCCUGUAUUCAGUUAUAUACUAAGACCUACAAAGGCAAUGACGACCUAUAUCAACUAAUAUGGACCGCUUUGAAGUCAAGUUCGAUGUCAGAGAAAGCGCACGUAGACAUUUUCAUACAACUUUUCGAUGAAUUUUCAACGAUACAGCCAAAUUUGUACAUUGAUUUAGGCGUUAUUGAAACUGUUCAAUCGCUACUGAAGUCCCAGCAAAGGGACGAACGUAAAUGUGGUUAUUAUUUAUUCAAGAAGAUCAUUAAUUGCUUUACAUUAUCAUCGAAAAAUGCCAACAAUAUUCUGUUUUCAUCGGAAUAUGCGCAACAAAUUGAACGAUCUUGGAUGACGUACAUAACUAUCUUGGAAAAUCUGGAAGAGAAUCAAUCACAUCUUAUAUUGCCAUCACUGCAGAAUCUGGACGAGCUGAUUGCUGGUAAACAGUUGCAAUCAUCGUGGAUGGACAUAUUGUUUAGCCGCAUAAUAAUCCAUAAGAAUAAUCAAGUGCUAAGGUGGUCGUUGGAAUACUUUAUGACAACAUUCACUUCAUCGGAUUUAAAUGUGCAAGUGCUGAAGGAAUUGUUGGAAGCCUGCAAUACCAACGUUUUGUACAACUGUGAAGGCUAUUUUCUGGAUAGAAAAUAUUUUUGCUCAUUUCUAAAAGGCGAUUUGACGAAUUUGUACACCUUACUUGGCGAUGUCAACUGGAAGUCAGUGCCCUUACAUAAUUUGCUAAGCAUACUGGAGGAAAAUGAGGUACCAAAAUCCCUAACCAAUGAUCAAGUUCUGAAAGUUGCUUCUAGAGUUAGAGCCCUGCAAGAUUACCACAUACGAAAGGAUGUUGUGAUUUUAGUGAACCGAUUGUUCGAAGAUAUCGUGGAAGAUAUGACUUUGAUGGAGUAUAUCGUAUACGUGGAAAUGCUUUGCAACGCCACCGACAAACUCAAUGUUUUUGAGCAAUUAUAUAAGAAGAUUACCAAAAAUGGUGUCAUUGUGGAAAUAGUUGAUGGCACUUUCAAGGGUCGCUUUUAUGAAAUCUUGGUGAAUAAUAUUGAAGACACUACACCGGUCGAGUUUACAAAUUUCCUCAAACAAAUUCCCAUGGCAAAACAUGGUUGGCUUAAAUUCUUGCCUUUUCAUUUUAAUUUUACCAACGGCAAAGAGCUUCAUUUUACCAAGAUGUAUGGCAUAGAUAUAGUUGACUAUAUUACCGUUUCGCUAAUGGAGAGUUUUGAAAACUUCGACAAUCAUCUGACCAGUGACCCAGAUGACAAAAUGGAAUGUGAACAACGUCGCAUUGCUGCCAUUGCUUUUUAUAUUCACAAUUUGGAAACACUUGAUGAUGUCACCGAGGAGAUAUUUCAGGAAAUUUUCAAUUACGUACUGCCAAAAAAAACAAUUGAAAAUUUAUGCAAUCGUCUGUAUGAAACGAAUCGAAUUUUGGACAAAUGGAUUAUAGAUGAUCUUAUUGAGCUUGCUGCCAGCAGCCGGUACUUCAAUGCUUUUUUCGUUGGAUUGGGCGAAUGUGUAAAGCCGAGCAGUCGGAGCUUGCAUGGCAUUUGCCACGGGUUAUGCAAAUAUCUGGAGAAGAACAGAUUAUGGGAUAAAUACGCCCCCAUAUUGCUGGAAAAAUGUCCUAUACUUAUUUUCAAUGUGGAUAAUGUUUUGCAACAUUUCAUUAUGUCGGACUUUAAUUGUGGAAAUGUUAAAAAGGGUGAAAAUAGGAUCGAAGAAUCUUAUAGGAAUGCCUGCAUUGGAGCAGUAGAUAGAAGCCUAAAAUACGUUUUUAGGACACAAGCCAUUAAGGAGGGCGAUACGAAUUACAUCUUGCGCCUAAUAGAACGUCAUAAAGAGAUAAGUAGAAAGAAGCCGAGAUAUUUUUCAAACUCCUACGAACAUCGUUUAAAGCUGAGAAUUGCCGAGAGUAUAGUAUAUAGCAUUUCUAAGUUUGGAUCUGAGAUAUCGGAGGUCGAUGAAAUUAUGGACAAUUUAUGGCAUAUAUUAUUGAAUGAAAAUAAUCAAUUAAAUAUCAACUACAUAUACGAAUACAUUAUUGGAACAAUUGAUAAACGCAAGCAGGUUUUCCUUAAGAAACUGGAAGAGGCCCAUUCACAAUCAUCAAGUCAACAGGUAUCGGUUAUGUCAGCUUUAUAUACAUGCUGCAUGAGCAAUGAGGACUUGUUUAGCACUUUGGAGAGAAAUACAAUUGUGGCCAAUUUGUUGGCCUUAACUAUGGGAGCAAAUUUUCAUACAAGACUCUUUGCUCAGAUGAUUUUGCAAGCCUUGAUGGAAACAGAAGCCUUUAAUGUAUCAAUUUUCUGUGGCAGACAAAUUAUACAAUCAAUCUCUAUAGCCACCAUGGGUAAACUAGGGCAACACGCACACGAUGAUUUACGCCAUCUAAUGUACAAAUUUAACCUACUGCAGCUUUGGGAUAUUAUUUUGUUUGUAACAAAUGUUCCAUAUGAUGAACAAGGCUACAAGUUAUUUUGGUACUCUGAUUUACCAUCUGAUACGCUGGAGCGUUUAAAUAAUCUAAGAUCGUCAUUUGUGAAAAAAUCUGAACUCAGCUCAGAAGAGGUCUUCGAAAAGGAAAUCAUCAACCAGAUACAAAGAAAAAUUAAUCCCCCCUUCGAAGUUUUAGAGUCCAGCAAUUUAAUGGUAUAUCCUGAGAAGAACAGCAAUAAUGAGAUGUUUGUAAUUGCAAGCCUUAUUGAUAAACUUCCUAAUUUGGGCGGCAUUGCACGAACUUGUGAAGUACUUGGCAUAAAAAAUCUUGUCAUGGACUCUAAGAAGGAUGUAGAAAAGAAUGAUUUCAAAAAUCUAAGCAUGACUGCCGAAAAUAGCCUCAAUAUAUUGGAGGUUAAAUGUAAAGAUUUGCGCGAUUUCAUUAUAGCUAAACAAAGGGAAGGAUUUGCUGUAGUCGGUGCUGAACAGACCUGCAACAGUGAAAAUUUCGUUAACUUUAUAUUUCCCGAAAAGUGCAUUUUACUAUUGGGGCACGAGAAACACGGCAUAUCCCCAAACUUAUUGGGUCUAUUGGAUCACGCAGUGGAGAUUCCUCAAUUUGGUCAAAUAAGAUCUUUGAAUGUACAUGUGACCGGAGCAUUAUUCAUGUGGGAGUACUGCAAACAACGUAUACUUUAAUUUAAGUCCUAGCUAUACCCUUCAUCAUAGGGUGGGGUGUACCAAGGCGUAUUUAUAAGGUGGCCGCAUCGGCGAAUUGCUACAACAAAGCAUCUUUUUUGGGAACUUGAUAUGUCAAAAUUUGGAAACAGUGCAAAGAAAAUUCAAUUGGCCCACCGUCGUCUUCCUCGUGAACAGGCAUAUUUCAGUCUUCUCUGGGUUAACAUUGAGACCUCUGGGUCUACCCCAGUCAUAUGCCAUAUGCAAGACCCUUUCGGCCCUUCUGCAUAGCUCGUUCGGAUCAUUACCCCUUAGAAGUAUUAUAACAUCGUCUGCGUAGCCGUUCCCUUAGUGAAGCUGAUGGCGAUUGAGGUUGUUGAAUGUUGAACAUCAAAUUCCAUUAGCUGUGCUGAUGCGGCCACCUUAUUAAAUACGCCUUGGGGUAUACUAACUAUGCCACGUUUACACUGCUCAUUAAAUCCGGAUUUAAGGCUCUCGUCAGCUGAUUUUAUAAAGGGAAAACAGAUUAUCGAGCCAGUAAAUCCGGAUUUAAAUAGCAGUGUAAACGGGGUUUAAUACAUUCCGUUCCAAACACCCUUUAAAAUAAAAUAUAAAGCCCUAUUAAA